UACCACUGGCUACCUAUAUAUAAUCGUGCGUGAUUAGAACGUGACAACUUGUACGCCAGUAAUCGUGAACGAGAACGCAUCCGAUUGGGUCUAUAAUAUAUUAUAAUAUAUUAAAUUUUAUCUACGUGACUCCACAACCAACUGCAAAAAUGAAAACCUCAGUUGCUAUUCUUUUGACCAUUAUCUCGAUGGCUACUGCAACUCCUCUGUUCUUCGGACCAAAACAUCACGAACACCACGUUAUCCACGUACCAUACCACGUACACAAAGUACCAGUUUACAUCAAAGAGCCCGUAUACAUUCAGAAGCCCGUCUAUAUAUACAAGACAGUCGAUCAUUACGAUCAUCACUACCACCAUGAUGACCACUACGACCAUCACGAUGACCAUUAUGAUAGCCAUUGGUAUUGAUAAGACUAAAAAUAAUAUUUUUUUAAGUUAAAAAUGUUUAAAAUUUCAAGACCUGCAAUUUAUUUUUGUAAUAUAAUUAUAAUAUAAGUCGUGAACCGUAAACUUAAAUCUCCUUUUUACCAUGUAAAAUAAUAUCUUUUGUUAUUGUUUCUCACAA